GCCCACAGAAUUGCAGCAGAAGUUUGCAAGGAGUGUGGGUGUUCAGCAGUGCUAGACAGGGUGUACUCGCAUUCUGUGGGAAGGGACCUGGUUGCUCCACACUUCUGAGGUUAACACACUCAGGGAAAGGAAGUGCCCAGCGUGACUUGGGGUGCUAUGUGAUGGUAAUCGGUUGCAGAAAGAAGUACUGUGAUUGCCUGUCUGCCUGUUCGGGUGAACUGUGCGCGUUUUUGUUUUGGGGACGGGUCAUAUACUUGGCCAGAAGGGAUGGCCCUUUCCCCAGGCAGUGGAGGUCGUUAGGCUGUAAUGGACAAACAAUCUGGUUGAGGCAGCUAGAAAAAUUCCCUUCCAGGCUGUUCUCAUUCAUCAUCCGCUGCAAAGCAAGGGUUCCUAAUCUGGUAUUACUUCUGCUUUGUACAAACGGUUCCGAAAAAGUAGUUGAAAAUAGCGUCAGGCUUGAUGUUUCUCUGACUUCAGAAAACUUUUAGCGCCUUCUGGAGACAUGAAGAAGCAAGGCUUUAGUGCAUGGAAUGUCGACAGUGGGCAGUCAGAACACUUGCAGGUCGGUAGGUUCCCCUUUAGCCUUGAGCCAGGGGAUCCAGUCCUGGAUUCUCCUACCAAGCUCUGCAUAUGUAAUGUUUUUGCUACGUGGACAUACCUAUGGUCAAUUUUAAUUUGUGCUUUAGAUGUAGUAAUUUGGGAUGAGUGUACUGUACUGUAAUAACAUUGUCUGCAUCACUCUCCUUGUGCUUUGGGACCACUACUCAGUGAAAUAAGGGUUACUUGAACACAAGCACCGAGGUACCAGUCAGUCAGAUAACCUAGACUGACAGCCUAGAUGGCUUCGAAGUGGUCAGCCAGGCAGCACAGAAACACUGGCUACUGAAUGAGCAGGAUGACUGUAGAUUUUAUCACACCACCCGGAAAGAUGCAGUUUAAAACAUACAAAGUGUUUACUUCUAGAAUUUUCCACUUAGUAUUUUAGGACCAAGGUAGACUAUGCGGAACUGAAACUGUGGGAAAUGGAAGGACAGGUAAGGAGAGGACUAGUGUAUGGAGGUUUUAUGUGAUGCUGAUUAACCCCACUAUUCUAGGAAAAUAUCCCAGACCUUCUGGAAACUACCUUAAGAUGACUGUACUUCCUAUGUACAUGAUAUGGGUGAGACACUUCACAGACCACACUGCAAACGUGUGCUGAACCUGCUCCAGGAAACAGUUACAUGCAGCCUACCAAGUUGUUAAGAUCAUAUGUCUCUGGAGCAUUUGGAUAAUGUGACAAUUGGAAUGCAGUGAUGUCGACUCUCUGCCCGCCACCAUCUCCAGCUGUUGCCAAGACAGAGAUUGCAUUAAGUGGUGAAUCACCUUUGUUAGCAGCUACCUUUGCUUACUGGGACAAUAUUCUUGGUCCUAGAGUAAGGCACAUUUGGGCUCCAAAGACACAGCAGGUUCUACUCAGUGACGGAGAAAUAACCUUUCUUGCCAACCACACCCUAAAUGGAGAAAUUCUUCGAAAUGCAGAAAGUGGAGCUAUAGAUGUAAAGUUUUUUGUCUUAUCUGAAAAGGGAGUAAUUAUUGUUUCGUUGAUCUUCGAUGGAAACUGGAAUGGGGAUAGGAGUACAUAUGGACUAUCAAUUAUACUUCCUCAGGCGGAACUUAGUUUCUACCUCCCACUUCACAGAGUGUGUGUCGAUAGGUUAACACAUAUUAUCCGGAAAGGAAGGAUAUGGAUGCAUAAGGAAAGACAAGGAAAUGUCCAGAAGAUCGUUCUAGAAGGCACAGAGAGAAUGGAAGAUCAGGGUCAGAGUAUUAUUCCAAUGCUUACUGGGGAAGUGAUUCCUGUAAUGGAACUGCUUUCAUCUAUGAAAUCACACAGUGUUCCUGAAGAAAUAGAUAUAGCUGACACAGUACUCAAUGAUGAUGAUAUUGGUGACAGUUGUCAUGAAGGCUUUCUUCUCAAUGCCAUCAGUUCACACUUGCAAACCUGUGGCUGUUCGGUUGUUGUAGGGAGCAGUGCAGAAAAAGUAAAUAAGAUAGUGAGAACUUUAUGCCUUUUUCUGACUCCAGCAGAGAGAAAAUGCUCCAGAUUGUGUGAAGCAGAAUCAUCAUUUAAAUAUGAAUCAGGGCUGUUUGUACAAGGCCUACUAAAGGAUUCAACUGGAAGCUUUGUGCUACCCUUCCGGCAAGUCAUGUAUGCCCCGUAUCCCACCACGCACAUAGAUGUGGAUGUCAACACGGUCAAGCAAAUGCCACCCUGUCACGAACAUAUUUAUAACCAGCGUCGAUACAUGAGGUCAGAGCUGACAGCGUUCUGGAAGGCCACUUCGGAAGAAGACAUGGCACAGGAUACUAUCAUCUACACGGAUGAAAGCUUCACCCCCGACUUAAAUAUUUUUCAAGAUGUCUUACACAGAGAUACUCUAGUAAAAGGCUUCCUGGAUCAGGUCUUUCAUUUGAAACCAGGUUUAUCUCUUAGGAGCACCUUCCUUGCACAGUUUCUACUUGUCCUUCACAGAAAAGCCUUGACACUAAUAAAAUACAUAGAAGAUGAUACGCAGAAGGGGAAAAAGGCCUUUAAAUCUCUUCGGAACCUGAAGAUAGACCUUGACUUAACAGCAGAGGGCGAUCUUAACAUAAUAAUGGCUCUAGCUGAGAAAAUUAAACCAGGCCUGCACUCUUUCAUAUUUGGAAGAUCUUUCUACACUAGUGUCCAAGAACGAGAUGUUCUGAUGACUUUUUAACUGUCUCACUGGUUAAGUAUAUUUCAUUAUAAUCAUGAUUGCUACUCAACAUGGCUUGGUGGGAAACUCGUUCCCCCAGAUGACGCCUCCGAAGUCCUUCUCAGCAAUUGCAGUUACACUACAGCUGUCACAGAAAGUCUGUAAAGGAGUGUCAGGUGCAUCCCUCCAUCGGAUAGCUCUUUUCCUAGAUGUGCUUUCUUGGGACAUAGACUUAUGUUUACACUUAUAAAAGUAUUCUUGUUGGCGUUUAAAGAUAUAACAAUAGGGUAUAAACUUGACCACAGAUACUGUUCUCGGCAACUUCUGUUUCACAGUUUACAUGUAUAUCCAGGUCAAAUCUGAGUUAACUUUCAGACGGACUACUAGUUGACUUCCAGCUUCUGUUGUUCCUAGGUAUAUGGAAUUACUACAAUACUUUGGAAGUCAAUUGAAAAUUAGAGCAUUUAAAUCGUUUCAGAAAGGAAGAUGGCUUAACCAUUCUGAGAUUUGGAGAGAAAAUACUGGUCAAACAGGCUUUUUUUUAUCUAAAUAAAUUAUUAGGUCCUGUUUUGUAGACUUAAUCUUUAGGAUUUGGUCUACGUAGAAAUGUCGAGAGUUAUAUAUAGUCCCUGGUUAUGAUGAACCACAGUCAGUGCAUUUUUCUAUUUCUUUUAUUGUUGUUGUCAGCAUCCUAUAUAUUUGUGCUUUGUCCAAGAAAAUAUAGGAAAUUAAAAUUUUAUGUUUAGUAGUUGUUGGCUAUUAAAAAUUGAUUUUCAUUAUUUUCAGCCAAAUGGAAAAGUUUACCUUCUGUGCCUUUUUUUUUCCUUGAAAGAUAUGAUUACUUUCCUACCGGUUCAGAUUCCUCUGAACAAUCAUUUUCAUCUGAUUUUUAUUCUUACCACCAUAUUCCUGACUUGGCAGUCAUUGUAACUUCAGGAUUAUCAAUGUGUUAGAGAGUAGGCUAACAAGUUCUUUUUAGGAGCAGAGAACAGUUUCUUGUCUUUUUCAUUCUUAUGUUUCUUCCUAUAUUUUUUUAAAUUGUUGUUAUGUUACCUGCAUUGGAUAAAGAAUAACAAGAGAAGCUUUACUGAAGUCCUAUUUUUCUAGGUGCUACUUUGGCAGAACUAAGUGGUCUGUUUCUUUUGUUUCAUUAAUGUGUUUGGACCAUUUUGCUAGCUAAAAAAAUGACAUAAUUCUGUGCCUACAGCAUGGAGGACAUAGCGAUAUACACGAACACAAGUAAAUAAGUUUGUUUAAACCUGUGGAAGUGACACAAAGGGAAAAUGUAUUUAUUUAUAAGGAAAGGUUAAAAGUGACAGUGCCCCUAUGCCCUCACCCACCGACUUUAACAAAAAAGACACGGUGUGUUCUGAAAGGUCUUAAUAGCUUUUAUUUCAUGUCAUAUGUAGAUGUCUUGAUGUUAUGGACACACAUUGAACGUUGAACAAGAUCAUUAAUGUAUUCCAGUUCAGUAGUGGACAAAUGUGUGGAUACCAACCACCUUGUAAUGUCCCAUCCAUGAUGCUUUUUCCACAGUGGAUUCCUGUUUAAGUGCUGAUUGGUUUUGUUUGUUUUGCUGGUUUAUUAUACUGUUCUAUUGAGUGUAAGUUGUACAGUGAAAUAAGUUAUUAAAGCAUGUGUAAACAUUAUUAUGUAUCUUUUCUCCUCGAUGGAGAAUUUUGAAUAAAAUAUCUUUGAAAUUUG